AUGCUGGUGUGUGUAGGCCAUGGCCACCAGCAAGUCGGAGAGGACUAUAGAACCGAUGGAGAGGUCUCGGCCUGCAAGGUAGGGUUGAUACGCCAGCCAGGGCACGUCGGCCUCACUGGUGGCAUACUUGUUCAGGCGGGGGAUCCAAAUGCCUUCGAAUCACCCGGCAGUUGUGCAUCACCUGGCCACAGUGCAGACGGGGCAGUCUGUUGGGAUCGAUCAAUCGCAGAGAGGCCUCCACACGACGACGGUGAUGAUGAUGAUGAUGAUGAUGAUGAUGAUGAUGAUGAUGAUGAUGAUGGACGAUAA